AUGCGGCCGCUCUGGCUCCUCGGCGCCUACCACAAGACGGGCUGCAUCCUCGCCAUCAAGCUGCUCAACCUGCUCUCCGGCGGCUACGUGCGCGUCCAGGGGCCGCUGCCCGCGCCGCUCCCGUCGCUCGACGCGCGGCCGUUCAGACAUUAUUGGUUCUCGCCCAACGCGAGCUCCCUGGCGACUUUACCGGAUGACGUCGAUUAUCGUUUUGUCCACUUCGCGCGGGACCCGGCGGAGCUGGCCGUGUCCGCGUACCGCUACCACGGCGCGGCCGCCGCGGGCGAGCGGUGGCUCGACGUUCGCGCGGACGCGCGGCGCGCGCCGCCCCGCGACGCCUUCGAGCUCGCCCACGUGCGAGACGUGCCCGGGCGCCUCGCGGCCGCGGGGGAGCACCGGCUCGCGGCGGCCGUCGCGUCCGAGCUCCGGGCCGGCGCGACGUGGCGGCGGGUGCUCGCGGCGCGCGACCCGGCGGCCGGCGCGACCCUCGAGGCCUUCCGUGCCGCGGGCGAGAUCGACAAGAUGGUCGUCAACGCGGGGUUGCUGGCCGCGGACCCGCGCGCGCUCACGGUCCGCAUGUCCGGCUUCCACCGAAACUUCGCGGCCGCGGCGGCCUGCGUCGUCGCCUUCCUCGCGCCCGUGCGCCCGGGCUUCGACGCCGAAGCCCACGCGAAACGCGCCGCACACCUCGACCCGACCGCGCCGACGCUGUCGAAGCGCGACGCGGCCCACGUCACGCGGGGCCGCCACAACGACACGGCGCUCGUCGCGGCGCUCCGGAGGCUCCCCCACAUCGCGCGGGCCACGGCGGCCCUCGACGCCGCCACGGCCGCGGCGACCGCGCGGUGCCCGCUCGCCUCCUAG